GUAACUGAUUUUCUAAUCAGAGUUUGUUUGAGUGUAAAAUAACGGAGCAUAAAAUCUGUAGCAUGAGCGACAACAAACGAACAACGGAGCGUGGCGGAAAUUUACCCCAUCCCAGCGAGAGCGAGAAUGAGAGCGAGGAUGAGGAAGCCAUGCAGGCCGCACUACGAGAAAUGGUUAAGAUACCAGAUAUUGAGCCGCGGCAGACUCGAACGAGCCAACGUGAGGAGCCACGGCAUAUUGUAAGCCUGAUGGAUAAUCUUAAGAAGAACGCAUCGCCAGAAACGCAAGAUAAGUGGGUCAAGACAGUGUCCGAUGUGGGAAUCGAAUCGGCAGCCUCGGGGCUAACUGGCGACAAAGACGUUAAGGCAUUGCGUAAGAUCAGGCAGAAGACACAGGACGACAAGCCAAAGCAAUCAGAGAAGGUGAGGGGAGCCCCUGAGGACACUCCAAAGCAGUCGGAAACCUGGGGAGAUAGGCUCAAGAAAAAAGGAGCCGAAGGAACUGCCAAGCGAUCAGAAACUUGGGCGGAUAAAGUCAAGAAGAGCAGCACCGAGCUAGCCUCGACAAAUAUUCACAAAAAGAAGGACACCGAGGUAGCACCCAAGCAGUCCGAGACUUGGGCUGAUAAGCUUAAGAAACGAACCCCGGAAGUACCCAAGCAAUUCGAGACUUGGGGAGAAAAGCUGAAGAAAAAGGCGAGCGAAGCAACACCGAAGCAGAAUGACACCUGGGCCGAUAGGCUCAAAGCGUCGGAUACCAGCAAUAAUGUGAUGCAUCCAGCUUAUGUUCAGAUUACUUCUCUCGCGGAGCUGCCGGAGCAGUUGACGGCAGAAGAGCAGCAAAGAUUGCAGCGCAUUGAAGCUGCCUCCAAGCCCAAAUCCUAUUUACAAGCCAAGGCACAGAACGCAACAAAGUCCAAGAUCAGUGCGCCAGCCGAAUUGGAGGCAGUCAAAUCCGUGCCAGCAGACCAGCCAGCUGAGCAGGCACGACAAUCGGGCUCCAUAAACAUUCUGACGGUGCCAAUUCGACGGGCUCUGAACUACGAGCCGAGCAAUGGACAACCGGCCAGUGAAGACAUGAUAACGCCACGGCCACAGGAGAAGACAAGUAAUUUUAAUAAUAUACCUCAAUUUGGUCGGGAUAAACGGGACUCGAAUGGAUCAGUUGCUGAGAGUUCAGCUGGUCAGCAGGAUCCCGCUAAUCCCAAGGAUAACAAGACAUCGGCCGCUUUUUUUGCUAAUUUGCCUUCGUUGAGUAGAGCUAGACCAGCGAAAAACGAAGCUGCGUCGACUGCGGAGGCAAUGAACCCCAAUUUGGCUCAAGAGUCUGCGACUAACUUUACCAAUUCAGACGCGGCCCAAGAUUCAGUGGCCUCCUUAAUAGAGAAGGCAUCCGCUACAUUUCAAAGCCAUAUAACUUUAUUCGGACGAGCUGUUAAUGCUGUUAAUGAAGCCCGAGCAGCAUCUGCUGAGCCCGCAGCCAACAGUUCAGAUACUCCUGGAGAAGCUGCCGAUGAUACAACAGCUCCACAGACUGCACCAUCAGGCUUUCUCGGCAGUUUGCCAUUUUUCGGACGAGCUAGACCAGCCCCGAACGCAAGCCCAGCGCCCGAGGAAACAGCAGACCCAAUGAAGAUCCCCAUCAAAGAAUCGCCAACGGAUUUUGAUACGGAACUUCCACUGCCUGAACCAAUCCCAACUGCGACUCCAGCGUCUGCAGAGGUAGUAGCCAGCAGUUCAGCUAUUUUCACGAAUUUUCCGCUGCCUGGACGAGCUAGACCCGCGCCCACUGAGGCGUCCACAACUUUUACAAACGUAGUCGGCAGCUCCACUAAUCUGGAUGAGUCAGCGACUGCAAAGACAGCUGAAUCUGUUGCUCCAACGUCUGGAACAGGAGAGCAGUCGCUGGAUGGCCUUUUAACAAAUCUUCCACGGAUUGGUCGACCUAGACCUGCCACAAAUGAAGCAACAGCAUCGCCCAAUCAGGAGGGUAAUGUGCCCGAAGAAACAGCUCCGUUAGCUAAUCCAGCAGCUGCCACCGAAAAAACUCCAGUGGAGCCAACAGCAACUUUCUUUUCGCGUUUUCCACACUUUGGACGAGCUAGACCCGUGCCAAGUGAAAAACCGGCGACAACCAGAGCAGAGCCAGCCGAGAUUCAGGCAACAGCUGCAGCAACAGGUGAUCAGGUAAUUUCUAUGGAUGCAAUUGCUCCUAAUCUACGCCUGGAGGCGACAGCUGAUGAUGAGAUGACUCCGACUACAAGUGUGCCCAAAUUAAUUACCGGAAACCAGACUCAGCAGAGCGAGGACAUGGCAGAAGAUAUCCAAGCAGUUGGUGCAUCAAGAUCAGCUCUGCCAAUUGGGGAUAACAUCAGCUCGAGCUUUGUGCGUGCCCGUGCGCCCAAAGAGGCUGGCGCUGCGCUUCGUCAGGUGGUAACCGCUAGCCAGGUGACACCUAUGCCAUAUGGCGCUGGCAAGACUUCGGUCCGUCCAGGCUUUACGCCUGCUACAACUAUGCCGCCAGCCGAGGAACAGGGUGCGGAUAGCGCAAGAGCUGAAAUCGCCGAUUUGCCCGACAAGCAUUCCUUGACGGCCAACUUGUUGCGUUACCUAUUUCCGGUUUCACGCGAUGCCGUGACUGAGCCCCGCCUGACCAAAGACGUCGUGCAUCCCUUGACGGAGAACAGUCGCAUGCCGAGCGAGGUGAUCGUUGUGGACAAGGACAAGGACAUGGACAAGGCCAAGGAGGAGGAGAAGAAGAAGCGGGCCAGCCAACUGGAGCGCUCGGAAUCGAUGCGCACCCUGACCAUAAUCGGACGCCACUCGCACAUAAGGACCACGUAUCGGGAUCAUUGCCACUACGAGCGGCACGAGGGCGUGGACAAGCGGGCCAGGCGCAAGCUGAUCGUGGCCAGCAUCCUGUGCCUGUUCUUUAUGAUAUGCGAGAUCGUUGGCGGCAUACUCUCCCGCAGCUUGGCCAUAGCCACAGAUGCCGCUCAUCUCUUGACCGAUCUGGCGGGCUUCCUCAUUUCGCUGUUCGCCCUGUAUCUGAGCGGCCGCCCCUCGACGCAGCGCUUGAACUUUGGCUGGUAUCGUGCCGAGGUGAUUGGCGCCAUGCUCUCCGUCUACGUCAUCUGGGUAAUUACGGGCAUACUUGUCUGGCUGGCCGUGGAUCGGCUGAUCACGGGCCAGCACGAUGUGGACGCCACCAUAAUGCUGGCUACCUCCGCCUUGGCGAUUGUUGUCAAUUUCAUUAUGGCCAUCCAAUUGGGCCUUGGGCAUACGCAUACGUCCGCCCAGGCCAAUCGCGAGCCGCGGCUUCACUCGCAUAUCUCCCAACCGACGGCCAUUGAGGGCACCAGCAAGAGCCAACAUCUGAUCCCAGCCUCGAUAUCCACGCAAUGCACGGACCUUCAUGGUGAGAACAUAAAUGUGAGGGCCGCCUUUAUCCAUGUCGUUGGCGAUAUAAUUCAGAGUUUUGGCGUCUUUGUGGCCGCCAUCAUUAUUUUUUUCAAGCCCGAAUGGGCGAUUGUCGACUCCAUUUGUACGUUUGUGUUCUCGAUAAUUGUCCUGGUGGUCACGCUGCGCAUCCUCAGGGAUGUCAUGAUGGUGCUCAUGGAGGCCACGCCCGAUUAUAUGGACUAUGGCGAGGUGCAGCGCACAUUCCUUAGCAUCGAAGGCGUCGAGCAUGUCCACAAUUUACGCAUCUGGGCGCUGAGCAUCAGUAAGAUAGCGCUCUCCGCCCAUUUGGCCAUCGCCAAGGAUGCCGAUCCUCAGCUCAUCCUGGAAAAGGCCACCACGCUGAUCCACAAGCGUUACCACUUCUUUGAGACCACCAUUCAGAUCGAGGAGUAUACUCCGGGCAUGGAGGACUGCAACCAGUGCAUGAAUCCACUCAGCAGGCCAGCGAUAAAGGAAGCACUUGUCGAAGCUACCGCUAUGCCCAAUGGGAACAGCAAACAGAUUGACUUUGAAGAUUUAAACAGGAGCAGCAAGCAGAGUGACAAUUUAGAUUUAAAAAGGAGCAGCAAGCGAAGUGACGAUAAAGAUUUUAAAAGGAGCAGCAAACAAAGUGAUUAUGAAGAUUUAAAGAGCAGCGCGCAGAGUGACAAUGAAAGUGUUAAAAGGAGCAGCAAGCGAAGUGACUAUGAAGAUUUAAAGAGCACCACGCAGAGUGACAAUGAAGAUUUAAAAAGGAGCAGCAAGCAGAGUGACAAUAAAGACUCUAAGAGGAACAGCAAGCAGAGUGGAACUGAGGAUUCAAAGAGGAACAGCAAGAAGAAUGGAAAUGAGGAUGCACAGAGGAACACCAAGCAGACUGGAACUGAAGAUUUAAAAGGGAGAAGCAAGCAGAGUGGAAAUGCGAAUUCAAAAGGGAGCAGCAAGCAGAGUGGAAAUGCAGAUGUAAACAAUGAGGAACCACCAAGCCCGUCGCAGGGAAAAAGAAAAAGUGGAGCUAGAUCUUCUACCUAGCAAUGGCAAAAUUUGUCUUUAAAUUCAUUUGUACUAUAUUUAACGAUUUAGUGAUUUUUUAUGAUAAAGAAAUUUGUAGCUGCAGUUAAAA